UGAUAUUUUGCUGACAUCAGCACUGCGCCAAAAAGGACAGUUCCACCCGCUCGCUGCUGCCGACCUGAGUUUCCAGUGAAACACUGAGCACAACACCUUCCACGGGCAAAAAGCACUCACUGUGCCUUUAAAAGUUAAAAAUAAUCUAUAGAUCAGCUUAUUUGUCGUAGUUCUUCGGGUUCAUCUGAAACAUCUGCAGUAAGGAAGGUUGAAUGCGAGGAGCAGCACGGGUAAAUUAUUGAUUGGGACAGCCCUGCUAUAAAAGGAGACGCCGCCUUGGUUCUGCUCCUUGUCUUCAAACGCCAAGAUGAGCUACGGAUCCGACAUCUACUCUGCCUCUUCCUACCGGAAGAUCUUCGGGGACUCUACCCGCUACUCAGCCUCUCCAUCCCGGCUGAGCAGCUCCCGGAGCGGGUUUAAAUCCCAGUCCACGACCCGCACGAGCAUCCCAAGCUCCUACAAGCGCACCACCCGAUCUGCCUUCCCAUCCUCAUCCUUGACUCUGGAAAGCUUCGACUUCACUCAGAGCACCGCGCUUAAUAAUGAGUUCAAAAUCAUCCGUACCAAUGAGAAGGAGCAGAUGCAAGGGCUCAAUGACCGCUUCGCGAUGUUCAUCGAGAAAGUUCGCAAUUUGGAGCAACACAACAAAGUGUUGGAAACCGAACUCGUGACCCUGCGCCAGCGCCAGUCAGAACCGUCCCGUCUAGCCGAGCUCUACCAGCAGGAGAUCCGAGAACUCCGCUCCCAACUCGAGGAGCUUAACGCGGAGAAGAACCAGAUGAUGUUCGAGCGCGACAACAUUGAGGAGGACCUCCAGAAACUCCAGGAGAAGUUCGAGGAGGAGAUGCGACUGCGGGAGGAGGCUGAGCAAACGCUUAGAGCUUUCAAGAAAGACGUGGACAACGCCACAAUGGUGCGCCUAGACCUGGAGAAAAAGGUCGAAUCUCUUUUGGAUGAGAUCAACUUUAUGAGAAAGGUGCACGAGGAGGAGGUAACUGAGCUUAUGAACAUGAUCCAGGCUUCCCAGGUGUCCGUGGAGAUGGAAGUGGCCAAACCCGACCUCACCUCCGCCCUCAAGGAGAUUCGCGGCCAGUACGAAUCUAUGGCGAAUAAGAACUUGCAGUCCGCCGAAGAGUGGUACAAGUCCAAAUUCGCCGAUCUUAGCGAACAGGCCAACAAGAGCAACGAGGUCAUUCGCGCUAGCAGGGAAGAGCUCAACGAGUUCAGGAGGCAGCUGCAGUCCAAGACCAUCGAGAUCGAGAGCCUAAAGGGCACCAACGAAUCUCUGGAAAGGCAGAUUCAUGAGAUGGAGGACAGGCACAAUGUUGAGGUCAUGGGCUACCAGGAUACAAUUGGACAGAUGGAGAAUGAGCUGAGGACCACUAAGAGUGAGAUGGCCCGUCAUCUUAGGGAGUACCAAGACCUGCUGAAUGUCAAGAUGGCUCUUGACAUAGAGAUUGCUGCUUACAGGAAACUGUUGGAAGGGGAGGAGACACGUAUUAGCACUGGGAUCACCUACCCUGCCCCUCCUUCGAUGUCUAGCUACAGCUACCAGUCCCGCAUGUACAGCAGCACCAGUGUUAGUGGAAAGAAGGAGGUCAAGGAUGACGACGACAAGCAUCAACAAAGCAAACCCAGCAAAGGCUCCUCCCAGUCCGACGACUCCAAGAAGAAUGAAAUGAUCGACUCCGGAGACGUGAACCCCACCAACCAGAAAAACUAAAUGUCUCAACCCUCUUUCUUUCUUCCUCUCCUCCCUCUGCCUUCUCCAUUACCGUCCUUUUCCUUUUCCCAAGCAACUCCCAUCCACAAAGGGGGUCUCAGAGAGGAAUCUAGCAUAUUCUCCACUAGUUCACCUCCCACUCAAUCACAGGGCAGCGGUCCUUCUGUAGCAAACCACUAACUACUCAAUACACACUCUUUCUCUGUUUCCAGGGCUGCACUGUGAGUCGUAUCGCCACUUUUCUGCACUAUAACAGGCUUCUCUCAGCACAUUGUGUUAAGAAAAUGUCUAUGUGUUUAGCUUUGGUGAAGGUAGCUUACUGUGCUGCAGUUUUUCCAAGAGCCAGCACAAAACCUGACUCGCAAUAAUAUUGUCUUAAAGCAUAAGCUGUAAGCAAAGCAAUUAUUGUUGUCUUGUCUUUGCAUUAUGCCAGCCCUAGUAAGAAUGCCAUUUGGGAGUGUCAUCGUAUCAGAAUUGCAUCUGUUUCUUGACUCGGUUAACUGUUCUUGCGGUUAACUUCUCGGCAUGCUCAUAAUGCAUUCUUGCCAAUAAAUAAAUAAAUAAAAAUGCUAGACAUGCAUAGUUUCGAAAACACUCCACCCAGCCAAAUUCCUCUCCAAGACUGCUCUUAAACAUAUUCUACUGACUAAAAGCGAUGAGGAUUUGAGCCUAAUGGCAAGUCCUCACUGCAUGAGGUGCUUUUGCUGUUUGCAUGGUGACUGUAUAUGGGUCCAACAGAAGUUUACCUAUACUUUCAUAGCAGUGUGCCUGCCAUCCCUCUCAGUACUUAAGGCUGCAUUAGUUCACCAGCCAAUGGGCAAGACUGAGAGCAAAAUGUUACACAAUACUGCUGAAGCCUUUCACAUGCUGCUAAAUGCUUGUGAUGAAUACAAAUUCUGACAAAUACUUUAUAGCCAAUCAAGUCAGGGCACUUAAAUGUAUGUAAACAGCAUCUCAUUCAUAUCAACUGUCAGAAUGAAGGAAUAUGGAAUGAUUGGGAAAAUAGGAAGAUAAGUGUAAAACCAUGAUUAAUAGUGUGAGUUUGAGUGAGAAACAAGACAUAGAAAGAAAGGGCUUGUUUGAGCCAGCUUUAAGUUCAGUUUAGCCUGCCGCUUCUGAGUCCAGAAUUGGUUGUGUUUGGGCGGGUAAUACAAAUAUUAUGAAGUAACAGUAUAUUUAGAAGUUAGAAAAUGCAAAAAUAUUUCAAAAUUGUAUGUUCGUGGAUGCCUGAAGCACAUUGACAGUGUGGAAACGCAGUCACUAACACUUUUCACAAUCUGAAACACUUGAAUCUAGUGUACUCUCAUACAAAGAAGUCACUGUCACAGUGAACCUCUAUGAACUAUGGAUAAAUAACUUAUACUGAAAGUUUAAUGCUAGUGAAAUUUCUUCAUAUCACUUCUGCUACACUGCCAGGUUUUGAUACCACUUGCCUCUAUGUCAUGGCUUUGUUAAGCCUGACUUGCUGCACUCUUUCUAUAGACAGUUUGAACCGACUGAUAUAGUUGGGCUUAAGUCAGUUUAAGAACUGCAUGAUGGAAUCCGAUUGGAUUACUUUGUCGGAAUUCAUUUUUCCGAUGAACACUGUGGCAGUGGCAUGCUUAGCUGCGAGGGAAUGUUAGGCAAAUCUGGAAUUUUGUCUUUCCAUUCUCACAGAUGCUCCUUAACUAGGCCUGGUAACCUUGUCAUGAAAAUCUGAACAUUUUGAGAUUUGCUCUGCUAUUUUUGAGAGGGUGAAUGGUGGUUGCUGAAAGCGUGGUGACAGAAUGCAGUUUGAAGAAGGAGAAUUUCAAACCUGCACUGCCAAACUUUUUGUAAUGCAUGUGCGAUCAGCAUUCCAUAAAAAAGCAACCCACUUUUACACCAAUAACAAUCCAUCUAAAAAUGCUACUUACAUGUAUGAAUGCUCUAGGUUGUAAAAAAAAUGCCUUAAGCCACCAGCAGCUUUCUGAAUCUGGCAAGGUGUGCAUUUACCUAUUAUUUCUGCUAAGAAUGUGACUUUGUUUGCUAUCUAGUGUGUAGGGGCCACUGUGUACUGGAUGACUGAAAACUUUAGGAGCUGAAUGUAGUUGAUGUGAUUUCUAUUUAGUCAUUAUUGUACUGCUAUAUGGCACAUGACCAAUAAAGACUUGACAUUAUGAAGCUCA